AUGCCUCUCUGGGAUGUUCUAGAAAGAUUUAACUACAUGGAUUUGGUAGAAGUAGAUCUUGCCAACAACAUUUUCUUAUCAGCUUUUAGUCUAUUUGUUUAUGUACUUCAAUCUGGGUUUUGUAGGGAGGCUUUGGAGGUUUAUAGAAGAGCAGUCUCCGAAGGAAAUAAGCCUAGUUUGAAGACUUACUCGGCGCUUAUGGUGGCAUUGGGGAAGAGAAGGGAUAUUGAAACCAUAAUGGAUUUGUUAAAAGAGAUGGAAAGUUUGGGGUUGAGGCCAAAUAUAUACACAUUCACUAUAUGCAUUAGAGCACUUGGAAGGGCUGGGAAAUUUGAUGAAGUGUAUGCAAUUCUUAAGAGAAUGGAUGAUGAGGGAUGUGGACCUGAUGUUGUUACUUACACAAUUAUCCUAGAUGCUCUUUGUAAUGUGGGGAAACUUGAUAAUGCCAAGCAAUUAUUUGCAAAGAUGAAAGCUACCCGUCAUAAGCCCGACCGAGUAACCUACAUUACUUUGCUGAACAAGUUUAGUGACUCCGGAGACUUGGAAACGUUUAAAGAAAUUUGGAGUGAAAUGGAAGUGGAUGGUUAUGCUCCUGAUGUUGUUACUUUUACCAUAUUUGUUGAUGCCUUAUGCAAAGCUGGGAAUGUUGACAAAGCAUUUAGCAUAUUGGAUGUUAUGAAGAAGCAAGGGAUCUCACCAAAUCUUCAUACCUAUAAUACUUUGAUUUGUGGACUUUUAAGGGUAAGUAGGUUGGAUGAGGCAUUGAAGCUUUUCAGUGAUACGGGAUCUUUGGGAGUUGAACCUACUGCUUAUACAUAUAUACUUUUCAUUGACUACUAUGGAAAGUCAGGUGAUCCUACCAAAGCUUUUCAAACCUUUCAGGAAAUGAAAAUUCGAGGAAUUGUUCCUAAUGUUGUUGUUUGUAAUGCAUCUUUAUACAGCCUUGCUGAAAUGGGUAGGCUUGGAGAAGCAACAGAUAUAUUUAAUGGGCUUAAAAAUAGUGGGAUUGCUCCAAAUUCAGUAACUUAUAACAUGAUGAUGAAGUGCCACAGUAAGCUGGGCCAAGUAGAUGAAGCCAUUAAAUUACUCUCUGAGAUGAUGGAAAACGAAUGUGAACCAGAUGUUAUUGUAAUUAAUUCUUUGAUUGACACACUUUACAAGGCUAACCGGGUUGAGGAAGCAUGGCAAAUGUUUUGCAGAAUAAAGGACAUGAAGCUUGCUCCUACAGUUGUGACCUACAAUACAUUAUUAGAUGGGCUAGGGAAGAAGGGUGAAGUCCAAAAAGCCAUGGAGUUGUUUGAGAGCAUGACUAGGCAUGGGUGUCCUCCAAACACAAUAACUUUCAACAUACUCCUGGAUUGUCUUGGCAAGAAUGAAGAGGUUGAUUUGGCCUUGAAAAUGCAUUUUGAGAUGAAAAAUUGAAAAAUUGUAGUGAUGAGCGGUUAUUAUUGUGAUUAACAAUGUAGUUGGGAUUAAGACCGAAAGUAUAGAUGAAAACUGUGGAACACCCUUUGAUAAGAUCAAUAUAAUUGUCUUUAUUUCCAA